AUGUCGUCUCGCCACAACGCCGGCCGUCCUCGUCGCGAUGGCGAGACGUUUGCCAGGACACACCAUCACGACAACCAGCAGGAGGACGAGUCACGGGUAAAAUUUGACGUGCGAAACCCUUCUACACUGGCACCAGAUGCGCGGGAAGACGACGCAAUCCUCGACGCAGAUGUUAUCGGUGCCAGCGCGGCAACGAAGCGCGGUGCUGUCAAUCUCGACGGUUACGAUAGCGACUCCGACAAUGACACGUUCAAUGCCCGAGCAGAAGGUCGAAAGAAAGGCAAAGUGGACAUAAACGAACAACUCGACAAUUACGAUAGCAAAGCCACGCAUGGUGGCCCAUCAACGGCCAGAAACGACGAUGACGACGACGACGAUAUGUUUGCAGCGGCCGACGGCGAGGAUCGAGAAGACGACGAUGAUGACCCCAAAGCUUCUGCAGAUAAGAAGAAAAAGGUACAAUUUAUGGAAGUCAACGAGAUUGAGGGCCAAGAGCAGAAGAGCAAGAGCGGCGGCACAGUGCAUUUGGACGAUGGCGAGAGUAGCGAUGCGGAAUCAGAAAAAGAGCUUCUUGCCCAGGAAGAAGGCGUCGACGAAGAGGUUGGCGCUGGUGGCCUGAAGCGCAACGCACCCAAGGUGGAAGCUUUCAACCUUAACGCGGAAAUGGAAGAGGGCCGAUACGACGACCAAGGCAACUACGUCCGCAAAGCUGGCGAUCCAGACGCCGUGCACGACAACUGGCUCAACGGUCUGAGCAAGAAAGAGAUGAAAAAAGCAGCAGAAGCGCAUGAAAAGCGGGAGUCAGAAGCCAGGCAGCGUCGCCUGGAAGACGACGGUCUGCUUAGCUCGGACCUUCUCAAGACUCUGAUCGUGCACUUGGAACGGGCAGAGACGCCAUUAGAAGCACUGGCACGCCUAGGCAAGGGCCAAAAAAAGACGAAGAAGAUUCCACAACCCAGAGCAACUGCGCAUCAAGACUGCUAUUGA